GAUGAGCGAAGUCGAUUCAACCAUAUUCGUCUGUCUCUUUGCAUAUACGCGAACCUCAGAUUUUGAGAUAUCGAUCUGGACACAUUCUUUUCUGCGCAAGAAGCUGCUUAUUUCUUGGAACCGGGGAAUUUUUUCGGUCACAACAGCAACCAACAACCGACAUUUCCAUGAAACGAAUUUUAUGCAUAUGUACUUAAAAUAGUUCUUUAGUACCUUUUUAGGUAACUAUACUUAAUUGUAUGCAGAUCCUCCUCCACCAGUAUUACUUAAUUUAAAUAGUAGUUAUCAGUAUAUAUCAGUUAAUAAAAGCAAAUACGGUGUUAAAAACAUUUCCGUUUCAUGUAAAAGUUUAUCACUUAACUGUAAACACCCUUUAAUGGUUGCAAUUGCGUGCUAUAUAUCAUUCCAAUCAUUUAAUUAAAAGUGGCGUUUCAGCGAGCGACGCUUCAAUCUCACAGCAAACGUUUCGAUAUUAAAAUGCAGUUCUAUUUGUUGUGCCUUUAUAUAAUCGUGUUUGAAUAUGGAAUAAUAACCAGGGCAGAGGAUGAGCCCAAUUUCAAAUUAAUCUUAGACCAGAUAAUACCUGUAAAGGAGGAUGAAGAAGUGGGCAAAAUUAAGGUGGAAGUGAUUGAAAGUGAGGACGGCGUGAAGAUCAGUGGCGAAGCAGAACAGCUGGUGGACUUGGAUAAUGAAUGGAAGGUAAAAUUAUUCCUAAAGAUAGCCGAAGAUGCCAAUAAGGACUACAAUUGGGUUAUGCCAAUGCCUGCCAUGAGAGUUUGUGAUUUCAUGAAAUUCUACUACCGAUUAUAUAUUUACGAGUCAUUAGUUAAAUACUCGAAUGCACCGUCGCCAUUUAUUUGCCCGGUUGUAAACAACACUUACAUCCUUAAGGACUAUCCUUUGGUUUCGAACAAGUUCAACGAAUUUCUACAGCCCGGUUACUACCAAUUGGAAGUGAGCUUGUUGCACGAAGAUGAAGAGAAAAUCAAAUACAUCAUCGAAGGGCACGCAGAGGAAGAGUAGUAGAGUUCGCGUGCAAUUUCUUUAAAACAAAUUAUUUCUUGAAUAACAUAAUUUAAUAAUUAAAUCAAUAAUGUGAUUGCAAAACGUGUAUAAAAUUUCUUUCAGACCAAGAUAAAUAAUAAAACGUCGAAGCUACUUCUGAGCUAACCAAUGAUUAGCGCUAUUCAGUAGUACGGUCCUAUAGGUUUCACACUCUA